AUGGACGACUUCUAUCAGCCCCUCAUAAAUCCCACUGACACCGAUACCAUCGACACCUCCAAAUUCGAAAGCUUGAUUACAAAUACCCUCACCUCCAUUCGCUCAACCCCUUUACCUAUCAUUCUCAGCAUCGCUCUGGCACCAAUUCUCGCGAUCAUAGCUACUAGAUUGUUGAGUGAGAGACCGUCGGAAAAGUUAAAGGGAAAAGAUGGGAGGACGGUUUGGAUGCCGGCUUAUUGGGUGCCGGGUGUGGGACAUGUGUUUUCGUUUUGGAUGAAUGCAGAGAAUUUGACGAGUGGUUUAAGGGACCAAAGUGCCCAUGGCAUAUUUGCACUUAGUCUUGGAGGCUCAACACAUAAUAUCAUAUCAAAUCCAAAACUGGUUAAGGAAGUAUUACAAAAAAAGGAAUCAGAUGUCACAUUCAAAUCUGUUGCGCUGGAUCUAGCAUUGAAGUUUUUCGGAGUGCCUAAAAGUGCAGAGAAGAAAUAUCUAGACAACUGGGAGGAAUACACGGCGACUUUCAAUUAUCUCAUGAAGGAACCACAUCUGAGCAACAUGCUGGACGGAACUGUACGCAAUCUUCAAAGAAUAAUCCCACAGAUGGUUUCAUUUGUGGAUAGUGAAAUAGAUCAAUAUCCAUGGGAAAAAUGGGCCAAUGCUGAUUAUAUCUCGAACAAUGAAAUGGAGGUCGAUCUCAUGGCCUUGAUUAGAGAUAUACUUGGGCAAGCCUCUGUACCAAGUCUCUUCGGUCAUGCGUUCUUAGACAAUAAUCCUCAUGUUUUGCAUGAUGUCUAUGAAAUGGACCGUGGCAUGAUGUAUUUUAACAUGGGGCUCCCAUGGUUCACUCCUUGGCCUUCUGUUGCUAGAGCUCACUAUUCUCGCUCCCAAGUUCAAUAUAGUAUAAACAGUUUUCAUGAAGCUCUUGAUGCUUCAGUAGAUGGAAAGCACGUGGACUCCUCUUGGGGUGAUUUAGAUGAUGUCAGUGACUUCAUCAUGAAGAGACACGAAUUUUUUAGAAAACAUGGUCUCAAACCGAAUGAACGCGGAGAUGUAUCUGUUCUUUGGGCCCUCGUGAAUAACUCCACUCUUAUCGUCUACUGGCACCUGCUAUACAUCCUCUCCACCCCCGACCUUGCCGACCAAAUCUGCGACGAAAUCUCGCCCUACGCAACCGUUAUUCCCGGCGAAAGGAUCGGCUCUUUCGCCGAAGCUCCACGCCUCAACUUCUCCCACGAAGAUCUAUCCCAAAAAUGCCCCCUUUUCAAAUCAACCUAUCUAGAAGCCUUGCGUUUAACUUCCCAACCAACAUCUAUCCGAAAACUCGAAAAUGACAUUACCCUCACCGACAAACCUUCUAAUACAGACACCGACAAAACCUCAGCCGUCACCUACAUCCUCCACAAAAACGAACACGUAACCCUCCCCCACGACCUCCACAUGCGCGACCCCUCCUACUUCUCCUCCCCCACCACCUUCAACCCCGAACGCUUCCUCGUCACCGACGAAACCGGCAAGAACUCCGUCGAUCCCCAAACCAUCCGUCCCUAUGGUGGCGGACCUAGCAUAUGUAAAGGUCGCGUAUUUGCCGAGCGAGAAUGUCUCGCUUUUGUAGCCGGGAUGUUGAUGUAUUGGGAAAUCGAACCUGUGGCUGCGAAAGGGGAGAAGAAGGGGAAAUGGAAGAUUCCGGGGAUGAUCAAAACUAGCGCGGUUGGUUUGCCGGAUAAGGAGGCGAGGGUGAGGAUUAAGAGGAAGGUGGUUUGA